AUGCAUUCCUAGGCCUGCAUUUCUAACAUAACUCAAGUCAAAGAGUGAUAAUCUUCUUUCAUUUAGAAAACCAGAUCUAGAUCUAGAUCUAUUCAAAAUGGCACAAUUUUUAAAUUAUUUUCUUGUUUUACUUUUUCUUAUUUCAACAAAAUACGUCUCUUGUGAUAAUGAAAGUGCUAGAUCUAAAUUCUUUACAGAUAUUCCAACAGAAAUGCGAUGCAGUGGAUGUCUAAUGACAGUCAAGGCUUUGACUGGCAUGCUGCUCAGCUCCAGCAGUGAUGACUUAGAAGACAGGGUUAAAAGAGCCAUAGACAAUGUCUGCGAAGAAACAAGAUUAAGUGUCUCAGAAUACAAUCCAAAAAUUGUCUCUCAAGUUUGCCAGUAUUUGAAAAAGCAUCACAGGCCAGAAUUGACAAAAGAAUUGAUGAGACAUUUUAGCCAUCUCUCCCACUCUACUCACUUACCAUUGGCUCAUCAUAUUUGCCAGGCGGCACUACAAAUUUGUCCAGGACCAGCAGCACCAAGUCAUCUACACAAUGAUGAUGAAGCAUGGCUACACAUCGACGAGAAAACACAAGAUUUAAAAAUAAAACCUGGUAAAAACAUGAAGAUGCCACGCCCAGUUCCAGAGAGUCAUAGAGAUGAACUUUAAGCCAUCUUCCUGUUAUCCGUGAUUUCAGACCCCAACAUUAUUAUAAUCAUCAAUUUAUUUUUACACAUAUUUAAUUGGCCCAACUUUUUCCUAUCUAGACGUGUCAUUUGUAAAUAAAUCAUGAAAUAUUGUAAAGAGUUACAGAAGGAAAGCAAGUGGUUGCUAAAAAUAGUUAAUUAAAAUAUAGUAUUGUAUACUUUUCCCAGCCCUUUAGCUGCCAUUUGGUUAGCCCAAACAUUGACACUACCCAAAGAUUCACGUUUAUUCACCUAUUUUUAUACCAGAAGCACAAGAAUACAUAAAUCUAUUAAUAAUAAUAGAUUACAUCUGUGAAAUUUGUUGUUCGUUUAUAAUGAUGGAAAGGAGGCACAGAUAAAGGAAUAGUCUCCCUUAUCCUGGUUGGGCUGCCUGGUUGUGUGCGGUAUGCACUCUCGAUGGUCCUGUGUUCAAAUUCUGCCUGCCUCCAUCCUCUCGAGCUAUUCUGCAGGAGAUUUGAACUCAGAUAUGAAGGUCCAAUUCUGAAGGAACAUCCGAAACCUGUCAAACAAAACAUAUCCCUUACUUUUGAUUAGUUUCAAGUUAGUUACAGCUUAAUUUCAGUGCCAAAGCUCAGCACUAAGAAAUUUUGUUCCAAAAUAAUUUCUCUCUUCUGCAAUGGUAGAUUCAACCUAGUAUCAAAUUUUAAAUAAAAAAUAUAUCUUAAUUUUUAAUUAUGACUUGUAUUUUUAUUAAAGCCACAAUCAUUCUGUAGGUUAAAUUUUUCAAAGUUUUUUUUUUUAGCUAUACUUUUACUUUCCUUUUUUUUUUUUUUUGUGUGUGUGUGUUCCUCUCUCUUCCCCCCCCCCCUCCCCCCCCCCCAUAGCUUUUGUUUGCAUUUUCAGCAAUCCAACAUUUCUCCGGUCCAUUAACCAUGGGACUAUUAAAAAAAGUUACAAGUUCCUUUGCUCCUUUCCACAACCAUUUCUAGCUGUGAUAGAGAAAUUGGCGCAUUGUUUAACAACUAGCUGUUACAGAGUUGCUAGGAAAUGUCCACUUUUUGUUCUGUAUAUUAUAAUACAGACGUUACUUCAAAAAAGAAGAUGAUUACAUCCUACGCGUCAUGCAUCUAGUCAUGCAUAUUAACCAAUGACUUAAAUUCUGCCAAGUCACUGGUUUUCCUGGCUAGCUCAGGCAACCCAUUCCAUGCUCUAAGGGAAGAAGGAGCACUUGUACAAAUUUGUCCUAGCAUAUGGGACGAGGAAUUGUAUGUGUAAUGUAUUACAAGUAAAUGUAAUGGCAUUUAUCACCUUAAUCUUAUUAUAAAUCUUUGUUGUGUGCAAUGAUUUCUUUUACUGUGUUACAAUAAAAUACUCAAAAGUGCCUUUUCAGGAAUUGAUAUUACUUUACAAUUUUGUUUAUCAAUAAACAAAAAAGUUACUUUAUAUUCACAA